AACAAUUAUUCUCGCAUUUGUUUUGGCUAGUAGCGUAUAUUUCGUGUAGUACAAAAAUUAUCAUUAUUUUCAGCUAGAAUAUAGCGGCUCCCUCCCCCUCGCGUUGGUACCAUAAUGCAGAAAUACGAAAAGCUAGAGAAAAUAGGCGAAGGCACGUAUGGCACUGUGUUCAAGGGCAAAAACCGCGAUACGCUGGAAAUCGUCGCACUGAAACGGGUCCGGCUCGAUGAGGACGACGAAGGUGUGCCCAGUUCGGCGCUGCGGGAAAUAUGUUUGCUGAAGGAGCUGAAGCAUAAAAACAUCGUCCGACUGUACGACGUGUUGCACUCGGACAAGAAGCUAACGCUCGUGUUCGAACAUUGUGAUCAGGAUCUGAAGAAGUACUUCGAUAGCUUGAACGGUGAGAUUGAUCCGGACGUGGUGAAAAGCUUCAUGUAUCAGCUGCUGCGCGGUCUAGCCUUCUGCCACAGUCACAACGUGCUGCACCGGGACCUGAAACCACAGAACCUGCUCAUUAACAAGAACGGUGAACUGAAGCUGGCCGAUUUUGGGCUGGCCCGUGCGUUCGGUAUACCGGUGAAGUGCUAUUCAGCAGAGGUAGUUACCCUGUGGUACCGGCCGCCUGAUGUUCUCUUCGGUGCCAAACUGUACACGACCAGCAUCGAUAUGUGGUCGGCCGGGUGUAUCUUUGCGGAGUUGGCCAAUGCUGGGCGGCCACUAUUUCCCGGGUCGGACGUUGACGACCAGUUGAAACGAAUAUUCAAGCUGCUCGGUACACCGGAGGAAGAAAAUUGGCCCGGUAUAACACAACUCUCGGACUACAAACCCUUUCCUUUAUACCCUCCGACAACAUCGUGGAGCCAGGUGGUACCGCGACUUAACUCCAAAGGACGAGAUCUGUUGCAAAAGCUGCUCGUCUGCCGUCCACUGCUGAGACUAAGUGCCGAACAGGCAAUGUCUCAUCCGUACUUUACCGAAAACUGAAAGCGGUUCUAGCAGUUACGGGCGCUGCUGACGACCAAAGUAUCCCCCGGAACAACUUCACCACCGGCCACUACUACCGCUACGUCUACAUCAGCAUCGGAGGUACUGAUAUGCGAAGACGUGGACAGACAGGACGUUUCCGACGAAAUGAGGAGUCCGGCGGUUCCUGCAUGCCAAACGAGCGACGUACACAUCUCCAUCCCACUAGAAACUAUCAACGAAUGAAGAGACAGGCCAGCGAGUUCCUCCAGUUUCUAGUCACACUACAGUACAUUGAGUUCAUUUUUACCAAGGUGCGUCGUUCAUUGGGCUUUCCUUCACAUUAUUGUAUUGUGAUUCCAUAUAUUGAGGACAAGUAGAGAGGAAAAAUGAGAACAAAAAAAAAACUAGCAUUUGGCUUUAAAAGUUAAGGGUUUCCAUAACGUCGCAAUCAUCAGU